CGCGUCUGUCCACGAAAAGCGAUCUUGACGGUCGCUAUUGCGCGCUUUCUCGUCGAAGUACAGUGAGCUACGAAAGCUUAAGAGCGCGAACUUCGAGCAAGCUGGCUGGCAAGACUGGACUGAGACUCAGCGAGUCUUAUCCCUCUGACCUUCAAGGUCGCUUAGCAGGUAAAAGCUGCUGCCUUCGACAGAAGAGGUGUCGCGGGGUGAAUUGGUCUUCUUCCCACAUGGGAGCCGAAUUUAAAGAUCACGAUUAGCCUCUCACGUUCCUGGUCAGCUAUAUGUUCGUGCAACAACACCGGGCCCUCCCGCUUCAGGACCUUCUCUUCGUGUCGACAAGAUGUCGAAUUGGUGGAGAAUGAGGCUCUCGCCGAGCAGGGGCGGGGAAGAUGAGCAAGAAGAGGGCCCUGCGAGGGCUCGUGCCAAAGGACAGAUCACUAGGCUACCUGGGGGGAACAAUGCGGUAGGCGCCUUCUGCCUGAGCCUCGUUGCCUUCACGAUACAAACCGAAGCUGCUCAGUACGUGCAACAGACAUUAGGUUAUCGGAAACCAUUCUUGUCGCUCUACGUCGGCCACAGCGGAUUCAUUCUGCUCUUUCCCAUGCAUCUCGCCUACCUCCGCCUGACCCAUCCCGAGAUCCCCCUGUCUCACUGGCUCCACCUCAUUGCGCAGAACCUGCAUUGGCAGGUCUCGACACCCACCAAUGCUGUGCCCCUUCCAGCGUCGGAUCGAAUUCGUCGGCGGAUCAGCUCCUUGAGCUUGCGGCUCUCACAAACGCGCGACGAUGACACGCUCCAGCAACGCCUCGAACAGGAGGAGGAACAACAGCGCUUUAGCAGCCGUCACCGAAGCAACAGUACACCGCCGCCUUUUUCGUCGUGGAUCGAGGAGCGGGUGGGGUUCAACCUAUGGAAGCUCCUCCGCCUCCUCGCCGUCUUGACUUUCGGCCUCACUGUCCCUGCUCUGAGCUGGUACUCGGCAGUGCCACUGACGACAAUGGCGGACAUCACAACAAUCUACAACACCUACGCCGUCUGGGCCCUCGUCUUUUCCAUCUGGUUUUUGGGAGAGUCGUGGGAGCGCAGAAAAGUCUUUUCGGUCCUUCUCGCAUGUGGGGGUGUCAUUUUGGUAGCGUAUGGCGGUGCAGAGCACAGGAGAAGGCCGAGAGAAAAGGACCCAGUGUACGGCAAGCCAGGACAGGGCGACGAUCCUGUAGCCAAUGCGACCAUGGCAGCUGCUGGGAUGGCGGCCCGAAGUGCGCUCACACACCUGGCCGAGAGGAAAGAGGAUGAUCAGAGCGGGCAGAACCCUGUACUGGGAGACCUGCUCGCUUUCAUCGGCGCAGUCACGAUGGCAGCAUACGAGAUGGCGUUCAAGGUCGUCGGGACGCUACCUGAUGAGCAGGGCCAGAACGAGCGAUACUCUGCCGUCAGCCGGGACAGGACUGCAAGGGCACAAUCCUACGCAGGCUACAACAGGGCAGGCUUGACAACGGAGGAGCAAGGCCUGCUUGGAGAAGAGGAGGAGCAAGGAGGAGAAGGAGAUCAAAAGAAGAGCGGAGAAGAGGAAGAGGAAAAUGGCGAGCCACAGCAUAUCCUCGGCGACGAUGACGAAGACGACCAAGCAAGGGCACGAAGCACCGAGAGGACGGCGAUCUGGAAUGAUAGCGACAUUAGCAGAAAUGGUUCGCCUUCGUCCUACCAGGCUAUCGGCCCGCAAGCCAAGCCUGGUGAUGAAGAUCCUUUCGACGCAGGCGACCUAGGUCGGACUUUGACCGACGCGGUCCCGACGAAGACAGACAGCAAGCGCAAGAGCGUCAAGAUCAACGAGGGCGAGGACGCCCCUCGCGUGACGGAAGAGGAGGUUUCGGAAGACGCAUCGGAGGAAGAGAGCGUGGUCGAAGAUGCAGACAUCGAAGAAAUCCAAAAAGGCAGCACGAGGCUGCACAGGACCAAGUCUGCCUCGACUGUGGGCCGCAGCAGCCUUCGCAACGUGUUCGAUGUCGACGAGGAGGAAGACGAGCAAGGAGAUCAAGAUCAACUCGCUGGAGCGAGACCGCGGUCUGUCCGAGUGGGGUCCUCGAUGAGUGUUGCAUCGACGAUGCACCAGAGGUGGAUGCCACCGCCGCUGCCCUUUGGCUUGCAUGCCAUUAUCAUCACGAGCGGCAUCGGUCUUGUCACUUUUUCGACAUUGUGGAUCGGCAUUCCAAUCGCCCACGCCCUGUCACUCGAGACUUUCGAGCUGCCGCACAACUUCCGUACAGUCCUUGCCAUCUUUCUCGUCGUCUUCAUGGGCGUCAUCUUCAAUGGCUGCUUUUCCAUUCUCCUGUCGCUCUGGGGCCCCGUCUUGGCCUCCGUCAGCUGCCUCCUUACGACGGUCCUAGUCUUCUUUGCGGACUUGGCUCUUGGAAACGAGUUCCAUUGGAUCUCGCUCCUCGGUUGCAUCUCAAUCGCUGCUGGCUUCGGCGUCCUGGUGUCGGGAGGCAAUAUGCAUUAGAAAUGGCUCUGUCGAAACGAGAACUCUGUAUCAUAGCAAGUAAACAACCAGCCAAAUCACUCUUGCAC